CAUUACCACUAUCACCAACACCAACACUAAAGCUACCCCAACCCACACCUCCACAUCUACACACACGCCUACCUCACCAACACUCCCCACCUCCACCUCCAGCUCCAACUCCAUCUCCUUACUACUUGCUUCUAUCACUUCACCCAACUCUUCAUCCAUCUCUUCAUCCAACUCAUCACUCUCCACCUCCGAGGAUACAUAUCUCCCCAUUUCGCCUCUUCAAAACACCAUGANCGCAAGCACACACACUGCCCACAGUGCAACAGGAAAUUCUCACGACCAUCCCUCCUCGCACGCCAUCUGCGAGUGCACUCAAGAGAGAAGCCUUUUGGCUGUCGUUACUGCUGCAAGUGCUUCCCAACCAAGAGCUCAUGCACUACUCAUCAACGACUUCACACUGGUGAGAGGCCCUACAUGUGCCAGGUGUGUGGUCAACAAUUCACUGCAUCAUCUAACCUCAUUAACCACAACAAACGUAAACAUCCUCCUACCUUUUCACAUUCAACUACUUCAUCAACUUCACCUCCACCAACAUCAUCCCCAAUUCACUCUCCACGUGGCUCCACCACAACUACAUGUCCACUUCAAUCAACUCAUCAUCACUUUAAAUGUAUGCACUGUCAUCGCGACUUCACCAACGAGCAUGAAUGGAGAUUGCAUCUUCAACAUGCACAUAAUCCAGCACAAGUAGCCUCACCUCCUUCCACACUCAGAUCGAAUACCCUGUCUUACGCGACUCCACAUCUUUCCGCUUCCUCUCCGACAAAAUCCUCCAUUUCCUCAUUCCACACACUAACGCACACAACCCCACACUUUCCAACCCUCAGCCACUUUACCCUCAACUCUUCAGCUCCUCAAACUCCUCUUCCUUCUACUCGUGCUGAUGUUGACAUCACAGGCACUGUUACUGCAAUGAGACACUUAAGUCUUCUCUCCGCCACUCCCAAUUUCACACACACAAUUUCCACAUUCAAGACCAUCACACCCACACCCACCACCAACACUAACAACUCCAUUCACACCACCACAUUCGACACCACUUUAAUCGACACCAAACCUAUUCCACAGCACCAAAAUCACCUCUAA